CGAGGUACUCGCGAUAAAGAAGGAACAUCGCCAUUAUGAGAUAGUAUGUAUACGCGCAUGAGCAUGCGUUAUAUAUAUAUAUAAAUUAGAUAUAGUCAACGUCACCAGUAUCCAGAGGCUGGAACAGAGUGGUUGGAUCGUAUCAUAGGCUUGAACUUAAUAAUUAAUAAAAUGGCACCAAGUACAAAGCUUAUUACACUUUCAUCCAUGUGUAACUUAUUCAAAAACAAUUAUAAUGUUACUACACAUACAGUUAGAUUAUCUAGUUCAUGGUGGUCAGGUGUAGAAAUGGGACCACCUGAUGCAAUUUUGGGUAUUACAGAAGCAUAUAAAAGAGAUCAAAAUCCCAAAAAGAUUAAUUUGGGAGUUGGUGCUUAUAGAGAUGACAAUGGUAAACCAUUUGUUUUACCAAGUGUCCGAAAGGCAGAAGAUAACAUCAGACGUAAGGAAAUGGACAAGGAAUAUUCAGCAAUAUCGGGAAAUGUUGAAUUUUGUAAGCACAGUAUUAAUUUGGCACUUGGCGAAGGUCAUGAAGUAAUUAAAAAUGGUUUGAAUGCUACUGUUCAAGGAAUUUCUGGCACAGGUUCCCUUUUUGUUGGAGCCAAUUUUCUUUCUCGCUUUUUCCCAGGGUCUAAGGAUAUAUAUGUUCCAACGCCUACAUGGGGAAACCAUGGUCCUGUAUUUAAACUUGCUAAUCUUUCAGUAAAGACAUACCGUUACUUUGAUCCAAAUACUUGUGGAUUAGACUUCAAGGGUGUCUUAGAAGAUAUAAAUAAAAUUCCAGAGAAAUCUAUUAUCCUCUUACAUGCAUGUGCACAUAAUCCCACAGGUGUUGAUCCAAAACCAGAACAAUGGAAAGAACUGUCAGUACUAAUUAAAAAAAGGAAUCUUUUCCCUUUCUUUGAUAUGGCAUAUCAAGGUUUUGCUUCAGGAUCUAUAGCGAAAGAUUCUAUGGCAGUAACAAUAUUUCUAGAAGAUGGAAAUAAAAUUGCUUUAGCUCAGUCUUAUGCUAAAAACAUGGGUCUUUAUGGUGAACGUGUUGGAGCAUUUACAAUAGUCGCUUCCAGCAAAGAAGAAGCAGAUAGAAUUAUUUCACAGUUAAAGAUUUUAAUUCGACCAAUGUAUUCUAAUCCUCCAAUUUACGGUGCAAGAAUUGUUAAUGAAGUACUAGGGAACUCUGACUUAAGGCAACAGUGGCUUGGUGAUGUGAAAGGAAUGGCUGAUCGCAUUAUUUCUGUCCGUCAAAAGUUGAGCGAUAAUCUAAAGAAACUUGGUAGCUCUUGUAACUGGACACACAUUACAGAUCAGAUUGGAAUGUUUUGUUACACUGGUCUUAAACCAAAUCAGGUAGAAAAACUUACCAAAGAUUAUAGCAUUUAUCUAACAAAAGAUGGUAGAAUAUCCAUGGCAGGAGUAACAACAAAAAAUGUGGAUUACCUUGCAAAUGCUAUGCAUGAAGUUACAAAAUAGUUCAAUAGUUUUAUCCAUGAUUAAAAAAUUAAACCAAAUUUUGCCUUGUUAUAUUUAAAUACAUCUUAAAUACAUAAAAAGUGAUAGCAUACAGGCAUAAGAAUCAAGUUCAAUGCAUUUUAUCUUGCAUGCUAUUUUUAUAAAACCACUGCAGGCAGUGUAGCCAUCAAAUAAUUCUAGGUAUAAAUAUUGAAUUAUUAUUGUAUUUCAAUAAUUAGCAUACAAUUGAUUUUGUAAUUGUAAUGAUUUAUGAUGUAUUCUAAAAGUUUAUAUUAAUAAUUUUAUUGUAUAUUUCCUCCUUAAUACAAAAAUACAAUACAUAUUUUGCUUUCGGAA